AUCAUUUCCUGCAGUGAUAUAAAAAAGCAGAAACUGCAGAACAAAGAACAUUCCCCCUGCUCAACUCUUGACUUUCACAGCUCAGAAUGGAACGUGGAUUGACCCUGUUGGUUGCAGCGCUGGUCGUUUAUGUGACUCCGAGUGUCCAAGGAACAGCUCAUCUGUCCUCUUCCAAUGCUACGGUGGACAUCACUCGCUCAGGUUGCGGAGUCAAUAAACUAUGUGUAGAGACCCCAGAUGACUGCGAUCCUGCUGGAACAGGCAGCUGUCUGUUUGUGUCUGUGGUCGCCACCGCCCCAGUGGCUCCCAACGGCACUAUGCUGUCCAUCGAGCUCAGGGGAGACUCCAGCGGAUACAUCGCGCUGGGCCUCACUGCAGACCCCUCAGAGGGUACCACCAUGCUCUUCAUUUGCGCUCAAAACAGCUUGAGCAACGGGUCAUUCUUCUUCAGGACAAUGACCAUGAACAACACCGACGCUACGCUCAGCGCAAAUGAGGAGCUAGUGUCAGAUAUCCGUGGCAUGGUGACUGGAACUGUGAUCAAGUGUGAGUUCAACAUCACAAGUGUGAACGCCACUAACAGCAGAAGCAGCCCUGUUACCACCUUCUCCAUCCUCCUUGGGAGUGGGCCUACUAACGGGACUACUAUCGGCCCCUUCAACCGCACACUGACCAGCGGUCCUCUGAACCUCGCCGACCCGGCCAGCAACGCCGUCAACACAACGGCAGCGCCCGCCGUCAACGCAACGGCAGCGCCCGCCGUCAGCACAACGAUGCCCAACAGCGGUGGAGCUGUCCAGCCUCAUGGUAAACAAAACACCGCUGUUUAUAGAUUUGCACUUUAGUUUUAGGUCUUCAGAUACUGAUAUCUGAGAACAAUCCACAACAGCAGUAACUAAAUAACGAGAGAUGGAGGAACCAUUUAAUUAUGUUGGUCAUAUCCUAGACAGAAACGGGUAUGUCAUUUUAAAUUGAUAGGAAAGGUUUUUAAUUUGGUCCCUUUAGUAGCUGUUCUGGAGCUUUCGACUGCAUCAGAUGUUUGUCCGGUUGUCAAAGUUCUGAAUAUAAACUCAAUUAAGUAAAUGUCUGCUGCUUGUGCACAGUGAUUUAUAAUAUUACAAAAACACACUUUUGUUCUCUGGCUAUGCAGAUCAUUUCUGUUUUACUUGUUCUGAAGAUAUUUGUCAAUUUCUGCCUCUACCCAAAAGCAAUGG